AGAUGGUACGCGGUCAUGGCUCACAAUGCAUUUGUCAAAUAUGUACAUGUGGGUAAGAUUUCAUUAGACUGCAUUGCCCUCAAAGUGCUUUUAAGUUGUGAUGUAAAUGCGCUCAUGCGUCAUAGAUGUCCGCACGAUCGAAAUGCGAGUUCCAUCUUGUUGGGUUCACCAGAUGUACAUGAAUUUAAGAGAAAAGAAUAUGCAGUGACAACACCCGGUGAACGUACUCUGCCAAUCAAGCGAACAGGUGAGUUAUCAUUACACGGACUUGCGAAUGAUUCAGAUGUUUCACAGUCAUAUGCCAAAGAGGCCGAUGCUAUAAAAUCUUCAUCCAUACAACGUUACACACGAAUUACAUCCGGUGCUGUUCGUCGUCACAAAAACGAUUCAUCUAUUCAACUCGGUGCCGAAAAUGAAAAUAUGAUAGUUGAUUCGGCCAAUCACACUCUAAAAGAACGACUUAUGGCCAAGAGACCACAAGAAAACGCACUCACUUGUAACCAGAAACAUUCACAAAUGCUAUUUGAAGUGGAUCGUACAAAGCAUGCAAGAAACGAAAUAUCAGAAGAGGAUGGAGAGAAUAUGCAAAGGCAUACAGAAAUACGUAAGCAAUACAUAACGCGCAAUGGCGUCAGAACAGAAAUUUCAAGAACUCAAACCAGACAAAUUGCUACUAGCGAAGGCAUCAUGCAGGCGGAUAGUGUUUCUCAUGAGGAAUAUUCCGGCAAAAAAGGGGAGCGAUAUGAGACAAAAAGACCAGUUGACUCGGAUCUUUUUAAAGGAUCUGGCUCGUUCACUGCUGAAACGCAAAAUAACACCGAUUUUACACCGAAACGAGGUGAACGUUAUGUGCUGAUAAGACCAGGCAGCUCAGAUAUCUGGAAGGAUUUACGAAACGAAAGUAAUAAAGGUAAACAUCUAGCAGCAGUAACUGACAUGGAUAUAUUCACAUAUGAUCAGAACUUCACAACGAGCACUCCAAAAGGAACCGGAAACGAGAAGAUUGAUGGGUCGAAAUCACAUCUUGUUAGCACAUCUUAA